AUGCCCGCGACUGUCCACGGCGACUCGAACAAGCAGAGCUCAAACCCUACGAUCCAACAUGCCUCCCCGUUGCGAAACCCGCCCUACCCCGCCAACCUCCACUACACCCCGGCGUCUCCUCGAGCGUCGUCGGAGUCCCGGCGCACGCCAUCUCCACAUAUCCGUCCAGGUACUCCCUCUAGCAUCCACUCCUCUUCCAGCGAGUGCGGCGACAACGACAUCAUACCCCCGUACCAUCCCCUUGCUCCUCGAACGCUCGUGCUCUGUUUCGAUGGAACAGGGGAUCAGUUUGAUUCCGAUAACUCCAACGUUGUCAAGUUCUUCAGCCUCCUGAAACGAGAUGAUCGGCGGGAGCAAAUGACUGGCAUUGGGACCUACACCAACCUACAGAUGGUCACAUCCAUCGGGGCCUCUGUUGCCAAGACCCUUGACGAGGCUAUUGCGUGGAACCUCGAGUCGCACGUCAUGGAGGCUACGAACGAAGCCGGCGACAAGAUCUGCCUGUUCGGUUUCUCCCGCGGCGCGUACACCGCUCGCGCCCUCGCAGGCAUGCUGCACAAGAUGUACUCGCGCACGGACGAGGUCGGCUGGCAGCAGAGCACCGCGUUCAAGAAGGCGUUCUCCGUCGACGUCUCCAUCGAGUUCAUCGGGGUUUGGGACACCGUCUCGUCCGUGGGCCUCAUCCCGCACCGGCUGCCGUUCACGACGUCGAACACGGCGAUCCGCACCUUCCGCCACGCGCUCUCGCUCGACGAGCGCCGCGCGAAGUUCAAGGCGAACCACUGGAACCGCCCGACGGAGUGGGAGGCCCGCCUGGGCACGCACCCGGGCGAGAUGCCGCGGCCGGUCGCGCGCGGGAGCGUCGCGCUCCGCAAGCAGUCGCACGCGCGGACGACGAGCGAGGGCGGGAAGAAGGGACGCGCGAUGUCGCCCAAGCGGAUCGCGGACGCGCUGAAGAUCGUGACCGGGUUCGGAAAGGGGGACAAGGAGGAGAAGGCGGGCUCGCCCGUCGUCGCCAAGGCGAAGCUGUUGAAACGGAGUCCCCGGACGGCGUUCGCGCCUCCGUCGUCGCCGAGGUCGAGAGCGACAAGGAGAAGCGCGGCCAUCGUCGAAGACGCUGCUGGGGCUGCUGCGAAGGCGGCGAGGCGGUGCGGACGUGUCGAGAGGGGCGGAGGCCGCAGCACAGACGGGCAGCAAGUUGUGGUCGGGAGCGCGAGAGCCGUGAGCACGUUCGCGCGCAAGCCGACGAGGAAGCGGAUGACGGAGGAGGAAGAGACGUUCGACCGCACGGCGCUCCUCGCCGGGGAAACAGACGUGAAGGAGGUGUGGUUCGCGGGAUGCCACGCCGACGUCGGCGGAGGAUCCGUCUCUGACACCGAGCGCCACUCGCUCGCGCGCAUCCCGCUGCGUUGGAUGGUGCGCGAGUGCUUCCGCACGCACACCGGCAUCCGCUUCCAUGCCGAGCUCCUCAAGGACAUCGGCCUCGAUCCUGCCGCCUUGUGGCCCACCGCGACAAUGCCACUUGAGUUCGGCCCUGGCCUUGCGCACGCACCCCAGCUGCCCCCAUUGAUUCCCGCUCCGGGUAUAGCACUGGAACCGGCGACCCCGCCCGAGAGGCCGCGCGAACACGUGGAGGAGCUCGAGCAGAGGGUGCUGCUCGCGAUGCGCGCAAACGCCCACGGGCCAUCGCCGUACCCGACGUCGCACCAGGUCUCGCAUCGCAUCCGCACACGCCCCCGCACCACGCGCUGCACCACUGCCAAACGAACCCCUGCCCCCCCAGCGACGGUCACGGCACGGAGAAGUCAGAGUCGGGGCACAUGCGCACGUCUCGGUCUCGACGCAGCGCACGCUCGUCAACACACACCGGUGGCCCCCGAGCGGCUUCCACGGCGGCAAGCCAUGGACGACGCGGACACCGACCUCGUUGUGAACGAAGUUGAGGAGGAGCGCCGGGACGCGAUGUGCCAGCUCUACGACCAGCUCGCGCUCAAGUGGUUCUGGUGGGUGCUGGAGAUCAUGCCGCUGCAGCAGCGCAUGCAGCGCAAGAACGCGACAUGGAAGAAGUUCCGGACGUUCAACAUGGGUCGCGGACGUGCAGUCCCGCUGGACCUGGAACGGCCGUACGCCUACGUUCAUAGGAGCGUCAAGCAUCGCAUGGAGGCCGCCAACCUCAAGGGCGGCCCUUACAAGCCCAAGGCCAGCUUCGGCGACGUGAAGAUGGUUUUCGUCGACUGA